UCUUGGAAACUAAUUUACCUCUCAUACAACUACAAUUCACAGCUCCCAGGAUUCUUUGGGAGAAAUGCUUUAAAUGUAUGGCGUGACCUUUGUCAAGGCUCAAAGUGCCUACUCAGCAAUGAAGAAGCUCUGGGCAGGCUGCUCUCUUGCCUGCCUCGACUAAACAAAGUGGCUGUGAGAAUGAAAUGAGACGUCUCCAUUUAUGCUGCCUUGAACUGCAUGGAGGAAGGGCAAGUUUUGCAGGCCUGUCUUAAUACCCACAAUAUUUGCAAGGAAGAGUGAGAGAUGGGUUUCUGGUACAAAGCUUGCUGCUGCGGUUGCCAUAUGGAAGAAGAACUGGAGAAGAAUUCAUUGAUCAUUGGUGGUGCUGCAUGGAGGCUGGCAGUUCUGGAAUCCAUCUCUCCAGUGAUUUAUGCAGUGGAAAGGAAAGGAAGUCCGGAGACAGGCCUGCCUCUCUUCUGCCUGACCUUCUGCUGUCUACGUUCUGCAGGAUUCAAAGCUGAAGCAGAUGAGCUCCUUGCUGUCACUUCCAGCACCUCAUAUGAAUCCCUUCGCAAUCCUCAAGAGGCCUGCAGGCUCCACAGUGCCCUGGCUGAGCAGACAACCAUUUUGGCUGAGCAGACAACCUUUGGCCGCCAUUGUGGCGGUCCACCAGAGAGAUAUCUCUUUGUCCUUGAUAGGCUGCUUCUCCUUGAUGUGGAAGAAGAAUUCCUGUCAACUGUUCGGCACUUCUACCCUGUGGAGGAAGAAGAGUACAAUGGAUCUUCCAGCAAUGGAGGACCUAUUAUUCCUAGUCCUGUCUUGGUCACAGUGAGCAGUGAAACUCUGGAAGAGACGAAGGAGGAAGUAGAUGAAGAAUAAGCUGAAGAGAAGGAGAAAGUUAGAAAAAAGCUGAGGGAGGCACAAUGGGGUGAAACCAACUCGAUCUUUGGAUGAAGAACAAAUGCAGUUGAUGUAUUCAGACUCAUAGACUAGGUGAUAAAUACAGGCUAGGGGCUGCACUGCUGAAUCACGGAGCUGUUGGACACUCUCUUUGACUUAGAACUGAUGCUCCCCUGUCUUGUGUAACCAUUUCUCUCAUUCUUUUGUAUUAUAACCUUGAUUAAAUAAUGCCAUGGAUUAACAAACA